AUGCCGAUGGAUCCGCCUCACUAUACUGUCGAGAAGCUCAUGGCCCUUCGGGGAUCCAAUCUGCAGCUAGAUUUUGAGAAAGGGUUGCUUGAGCAUGCCAAGGACAAUCGAGUUCUCUCCGACAUCAUGCGUCACAAGCUUCGUUACAAAAGGGGCAUGAUACUAUCUUCCAGGGCCAAUGUGGAUGUCAGAAAGUCAUCUGCUGAAUCUGAAGACAAUGUUUUCACUAACGCCCAGGUUCCCCAACACAUCUCACAGCUCCAGGACCAAAACAUUCGUCAGAACACAAUCCCAAGCAGCAUAGAAGCCAUACAACUUGACGGACAAGAUGCAGAACCUGAGCUUGGAACUACCCAAGCGCUUCCCCAACCACCUAUUCUGCCUGACCAGAAGCGCAAGGGGUUUGAGCAAUUCUACGAGGCCGUACGAUCUCCAACUCAUGUACGUGUUACCGCCGGAGGGAGGAUUGUGCCAAACACUUUUGACCCCUCUCAUUCCUCUCCUACCGGGAAGGGUAGUAAGGAGAGGCUUGUUGGCGAUAGUAACGGAAUUCAGCCACCUUUUGGCACACCGUUUCUCCCCGGCCAGCCCAUGAUGGCGGCUCCCAUGCAUCCAGCCAUGCAUCCAGCCUUUCUCAUGGCUCAAGGCCCGCCAGGCACUAUGCCUCCUUUCAGCGGCCAGUGGUUCUUUCCGCCCCCUCCUUUGAUGCCAAUGGGUCUGCCGUUCCCUGGUACUCCCAUGAUGCCAAUGGGCCCUUUUAUCUAUCAACAGCCCCCCACACCUGUGUCUGCGACGGGCAUUGGUUCCAGACCUUUCUCUUCGGCUAUUCAACAGCCUGAGAGUUUCCCCAUUUCGUCAAUCAGGCCCAGUAUCAUCACAAAGAACCAGCUUUCUGGUCUGCGAUCUAGCCUCAAGAAAGCAGAGGCUCAGUUGGCGUAUAACCGUCACCAAAUUGACGAAAAGCAUAUGGAAGAAUAUGCACGUCAACUUCGUGCAGACAUUGAGCACUUCGAGAUCAAGCUCAAAGGAGAGCUCGCUCUAGAGGAGAAUGCUUCACAGGAACACUCGACAGGAAAGGGAAGCAUCAAGGAGUCCUCUCAGGGCAAGGGGGACGAACAGUUGAACAGAGGCAAGGCUGACCCAAUGGAAUCCUCGCAGAGUAAUGGUGACAAGCCCAUCAAGACUCACAAGAAGGGUAAAGUCAAACUCACCGUGGACACUUCUAAAGCUACCAAGCCGUCGCUUCUGCCCGUUUCUGCUGCCUUGGCCCCCGUCUUCCAGCCUCGGUCAGACCUUGAGAAUGCCUCGCAGGACAUUGGACGAACAACCACCGCGACUGCAGCGAACCCAACUGUUGACAACAAAAGAGACACCUUCGGUGGCAAGUUCUAUGGCCCGAUUCCUGCAAACUUUGAGGAGUCGAAUCGCUACUUAUCAUCCGUUGCUCCACCAACUCCUGCCGAGGAUAUCGAAGCGUUUUCUAACUUCGCUCGUGAAAAUGCUGGUCUAGGGCUACCCUACCUCGUCGGCGAAGUACCCUUCGGAAUGGAUCCCAGCCCUGAGAUCCGCGACUACAUUUAUCAUCGCGCUCUGACACAAGACGAAGAGAUGGCGAAGCAUCUCUUCUGGACGAACGCUCCUGACCACUUGCGUAAGAAGUUUCCCAAGUUUAAUGGAAAGGACUUUUUCCCAGUUUCUCCUGAGAAGCACAUCCGGCCCAAGAGCAAAGUUGUCAACAAUCUGCCUACAGGCAGACCCGAGCAGGAUUACGGCUUUUCGCUGCCUGCUGCAGACCUAGAUCCGUUUGCCCCCCUAGAGCCCUACCGUGGCGAUACUUUCAGAACAGCGGCGGCUCGCAACCGCGACCUAAAGCGUGCUACCAAGUCAGACAACGUGACAUCUCCCAUGAAACCUCGCAGUGGCAGUAAGCUUCGACCGGUGGCUUAUUUCAACAGUCAAGGCCUUGAUGAGUUAAAGGACAGCUCAAGAUCAUCAGACAAUAUUGGUGAGACGGAGUCUGAGCGAGCCUACUUCAAUUCAUGUGUGCGUGCUUGGUCGGAAAGAGUUACGGCUACCGCAACUGCUUUGCCUGGAGCUGUCACUUCCGAAAACGCCCAUGGCUACCUUCCGCAAUACACCAUAGGCAAUGCUGCCGCUUCACUCUCUCCUGUGAUUGCCAAGGCCGCCGGCCAGGCUUCCCGCCUGCCUCAUCCCAAAACGAAUGACAACAGCAACUUGGACGCGACCUUGGCCCGACUUGCCAAUUCAGUUGAUGGCCGAGCUGAGAACCAGCCCCCCAAACGUUCCGUGCGAAUCAAAUAA